AUGACAUCCAGCGGUCCACAAGUACAAGCUUACUUCAAAGAAUAUACUGAUUGGUCGCUUGUUUCAUUUUUGAGAUUUAGAAAAGAUGCAGACAACUUCACGGGUGAUAAGGCUGUUGAGCAUUUUAAUUAUAAGACGACACUCGAAAAAAUAAUUUUAUCAGAUGAUUUAAAUCGCGCUAAGGUUUUAGAGUGUCUUGUUAAUUUUGAGUUGGAUUAUUCUUUAUAUGCAUUAAACAAAACAAUAUAUGAGAAAAAAGAGAUUCAUGCAAUCAUAACUGAUGAUACAGUAACUAAUAUUAAGAGACAAUAUAAAUCUGACAACAAGAACAAUAGCAAAAGAUUAAGAUCUGGGGACAUGUCUUCCAAUGCUAAUAAAUAUGAAAAAGCAGCAACCGGCAUUUAUGAAGUGCAAGAAAAAGAUGAAACUUUAUCUAAUCCCUUAUGUUGGGGAGUCAUUGAUUUUAGAGAAGAAAAGGUCCAUCCAUGGUCAAACUUAAAUGCUUCUUCUUCUACUUUAUUGGAAGCACUACAAAGUGGUGGUGUAUUAAGUAUUCAAGAAUUGAGUAAAGAAAAACGUGUGAGAGGAAUGGAGGGAAUACAAAAUUUACUUAAGAAUAAUAUUGAUGAUAUAAAUCUUCAAAAUCUAAAUAUAUAUGAUGAUGACACCCAAUACAUUGGUGAAUGUCUAGAUGUAACGGGAGAGGCAGAAAAGGCACUCUUCAGAGUAUUGGAAACUAUUAAUUCCAAGAAUGAUAUACAUGCUGCAACAACCAAAAGGGUGCUUAAUAAUUUCAAUAACUUUAUUAGUUCCUCCAAUGUAGAACAGUUUUGGAGUAGCAUCAGAGUCUGA